GUUUUUCCGAGGGUUUUCCCCAAGAUAGUUAUAGCAAAAAUCAUAUGACUUGUUUACAUACUUUAUUCAUUGUUUUCAUUGAUAAGUGACAUCUUUAAUGUAUGAUUAAGUUGGUGUAAAUGAAAACUUAGCAACGGAUUUCUUGCAGAAGAUAACAGUCUUCAUAAGAAAGCUGAUGGGUGAGCAUGCAUAUUUCACAAAUAUUUUAACCCACCUCCGUCAUACUCCAAGAGAUUUAAGAGAUUUGUUGAAAGUGACCAAGUUUACAAGGUGGUGAUGACAGUCAAAAGGCAUGGCAAUAUUUGAUGCAAACUGCUGGAUGAUAAGAUGUGCUAAACAAGUAAAUUGCUAUAAAGAAUCUACAAUGAACCAGUAAGUCGAAUAAUUCUCAGGACACAUGUUCUAUUUAAGAACUAGGGUAUAGAGAGCUUUUUAAAUUGAUAUAUUAAUUAAUAAAAUGGCGGAGCAAUAAUUAAAAAAAAAUGUCAGACUACGCUUAUAAACUGGUGGAUAAGGAGUUUCACAACUGGUUGAAAACAGGAUUAGCCCUUCAUAUUACAAAAGAAGGCAUUGAGGCAGAAGUGACAUAUGUUGUUAAAACAUUCCAUAGCAAAUGUUUGAAUGAAGUCCGAACAUCAGAACAGAUAUCGAAAAAUGAACUGUGCUUACACUGUUCUAAAAAGAGUGUGCUGCCAUGUCAAACAAGAGGUACAUGUAUAUGUGUUAUGAAAUCAGGCACAUGCUCUUUACAUGGUCAUAAAUUUAUCCAUCGACCAUGCCCAAAAGGAAUAUGUGACAAAGUUAGAGAUAAAAUUAGAAAACAUCAUAAAUACUUCUUCCCUUCAUGGAAUAACACAUCCGUUGAGAAGUGGUGCGACAACCCAUGGGAGCUAGCAAAGUGCUACAUGCCACCAGAUGGUUAUAUUGGGGUAGAUUCAGCGUCUGAAACAGAUUUGAAUGGUAUCCUCAGUGUAAUGUUAAAUCAUACAGAGUUCACAGGAAAAGUUGAAGAAGAAGACUGCAAAGAGGCAAGAUAUAUAUGUAAGAAAUUCAGACAUUCUCCAAACCUCUGUUUCCGAGAUGAAGAAGUUACUCACUACCUAGAUACCCUAAUGGAAUUUCUGACUUGCACGCAUCACCUGAGGAGUAAAACGGAAGUUCAAGAAGCCGUAAACAAAAUAGAAAAGUUGAAAACAGAUAGUUUGACUCUGACAACAGGAGAUGUCACAAUGGUUUUGAAUGGUGUAAUACACGACAACACAAAAGAUUCACUUCAUACGCUUGAUCAGAAACAAGCAGAUUGUCUCCAAGGAAUCAGUGAUGCUUUGAGCAAAUUGCAACAAAAGACAAGUCAGUCGAUCGCAGAUAUAGUGAAUGCAAAAUCGACAGCUGUGACAGAAAUCGACUCGUCAAAACGGGCAGCCAUUUUUGAAAUGCAGACAGCGGCUAAGCGUUUAAAGUCAGAUACGAUUCAUGAAGUUGAAAAGAGGAAAGAACACUUUAUAGACGACAUUCAAGACGUAACAAAAUCUGCCAUAGCUGAAAUAGAGGAACACUCUUCUAAUCACAUCUUUACAGAUAAGACGGUUAAGGACGAUGUUAAACUUGAUGAAGUCAUGUACUGUUUACAGGAAGAUCUUGUUGCUUUUUACCGAGAUGAGUUUGAAUCAAUACCAGUUACACCACUUGUUCCAGAAAACGAUACCAAACUGAUGGACUUUUUCGUACAGCCGAAUAUAGAAGAAGUUGAUAGAAACUAUCAAAGGAAGAUAAACUCGGAUGGCCGUAAAGAGUUAACUUGUUGCCAUGAUAUAUUCUCAAAUGGUUCUGAACCGUGCCAGAAUAUAUUUCUUUCAGCCCAUGCUGGUCUCGGGAAAACAACAUUUGCAAAACACCUUUGCAUGAUUUGGUGUCAUUGUAAAAAUUCUGAUGAUAGAAAUGAUCAACUUCAAUUAGUGUUUGAGGAUGAAAUCAGCGCUAUAAAUGGAUUCGACCUAUUAUUUUUCAUUUUUCUUCGAAAUGAGCACGGUCGUGAAUGUGAUGUUGAUGAAAUGAUUAUUAGCCAAGUUAUAUCAUUUUUGUCAAGAGCACAUCUGUACAAGUCAGGUAUUGUAAAGGAACUUCUGCAUCAUAAGAAAUGUUUGAUAAUUUUGGAUGGGCUGGAUGAAUGGUCACACCCGACAUUUACACGAUGUCGAAAGCUGUCUUCGAUUCCUCAUAGAAGAGCAAGACCGAAUUCUGUCAUGCUUUAUACAACACGCCCAUGGAAAUUACACGAGGCAAAGAUAAGUUCCAGUAUGAUCGAUAAGCAUAUUGAGAUGAAAAUGUUGAAGAAAAUGUCUGUCGAGAAACUCACUGGAAAUGUUAUCUAUUCCCUUAAUAAGAUUAAUGAUAAGCAAAAGAAGAUUGAACAUUUCCAGAAAUUAACUGAACGAAAUCAGCUAGCAGAGUUUACUUCAACACCUGUCAUACUUGUUCAUUUGAUAUGUCUCUGGCAUGAUGACCGACCAAUUGAUGAAUCAAAAUGUCAAGUAUAUCUCAGCAUUAUAGACUUUCUGUUUCAACAUGGCGAACUUAAGAUAAAUGAACUUAAGAAAGGACCAGUUCUUGAGAUUGCAAAUGCUGACUGCUCAAGAGUUCCAAAUAUACCGCUGCCAAUCUUUUGCAAGAAGAAUUAUGGACUUAUUUCAGCAUUAGGCGAGUUGGCAUUUCAUACACUGUUCGAACAGCAUAGGGAAUCAUCACUUGUGUUUGAAAGGGAUGUGGUAAAUACGUACCUAACCGAUGAUCAGCUAUGGUGCUGUCUCCAAAUGGGACUUUUGACAAAGAACAAGACAAGAACAGUUUCAUCAAGGGAGUUCACUGUUUCUUUCAUCCAUAAAACUUUUCAAGAGUUUUUCUGCGCGCUGUAUAUUCAAUCUCUCAGCAACAUUGACCAUAUAAUGACAACCGUCUUAAAGGUAUGCUGCUCCAUUGAAAGAAUUCUUGAAUUCAGCAAUAUCUUUGUGUACCUAGCAGGAGUUUGUCCAAAUGCUUUAACAGUUCUGUCAGAAAAAAUGAAUGACACUAUUGCAAAAGAUGCCCUUGUUAUUGAAUGCAGACGCGAUGUUCUAGCUUGGAGCGAAUGGAACCAAAAUGCCCAAACUUUAAAAGAAUUCCAGAAUAUGCAAAUAGCUUCUGUCAAAGAAUGUUUAAGGAAUGGUCAAACAGUUCCCGAGUUAUGGAUUGAAGACUUUGUUCUUGACGGCGAUUUUGCAUCUCAAGAAUAUGCCGACAGUUUAAGACAAUUGAUUGAGAUGAACAAAAGAAAGAUAAAAUCUUUGAAUGAUAUUAGGACAUCAGGACGUCAGCCAAAACUAGAAGACAUAGUCGAUAUAAGCUUGAUUGAAAAAUUAGAAAAGUUUGAAAUCUUUGGUGAAAUUGACAAAGACGAACUGGACAAACUUUCUGAGGCAUCAUUGAACAGCUUGAUAUGUUUUGGCGCUAGCUGUUCCGUUUGGGAGGCUAACAGAUGGAUUCCAAGUCACACAUCCCUACCAGAAAAGGUGCUUGGACAAGUUAUCAAAAUGAGUCAUUUAGAAGCGAUCCUUCUUGAAUGUUUGCAAAUGACACACGAACAGUUAGAAAAACUGAUAGAACUGAUUUCAAUGAAAAGAAAUAUGACACAGAUAUGUUUAGAGGAAAUUUCAUGUAGUACACAUGGAGACAGUUGUCAAGGAUUAGAGCUCGAUCUCUCAGAGCAUGGUGAUCUUGCAGUGUUCGAUAUAGGCACUGUACCACUGUCAAAAAUAAAGUUAAACGCCACAUCUCUAGAAAAGGUCGGGAUGGGAAAACUUGUUUCUGCCGGAGUGCAGUCUGCAAUUCUUGACGUUCUCCCAAAAGCGAGAAAUUUAAAGCUAUUCGGGUGUUUUGACAUUUUCUGUGAACAAGAUGCUGAAAAAUUCUUAAAUGUUUUAUCAACUUUGAUACAGUUACAAUUUAUGGUGUUUAAAAGAAUUGACAUAGGUGAUAAGUUAUUUGAAUUGUCACCUGAAAUGAAAAAUCUAGAGUAUGUGCAAUUGGAGGACAUGAAACUGUCAGCAAACGCUUUACGGAAACUUUUAGAAAAAACUGAGAUAAUUGAAAACGCUGUGACAGUAGUACUACGUAAUUGUCAGAUCACACCAGUGAGUCAUUUUGAUGAGAUGAAAAAUUACAUAAGGCAAUCUGCAAAAUUUGUUGUAAUAAACGAUGAGUACACUGACAGUCACGCGAACGUGUUUUCCUUUAAAACGUGGAGUUGUAUUGCAGAGUCAGCAUGCUCGGUAUAGAAAUCUUUGAAACUUGACAGUCGCGGUAAUAGAACGUGUUUCUUUUAAAACAUGGAGUUGUAUUGCAGAGUCAGCAGCAUGUUUGGUAUUGACACCUUACAAACGUGACACGAGAAACUUUAAAACAUUGAGUUGUAUUGCAGUCAGCAUCUUUGGUGUGGGAAUCUUGCAAACGUGACAAUCACGAGAACCUGUUUUCUUUUAAAAUCUUUAAAAUCUGGAGUUGUACUGCAGUCAGUAUGUUAUGUAUAGAUAACUUGCAAACGUGCCGGUGACGCUAAAAUAUUCUUUAAGCCAUAGAGAAGAAAUAAAUUUAUAGAUUGAACUUUGAUAAUAUUUUAUGGCAUUUUACGGCCAGAGAUUAAGAAUCGGUCAAUUAUGAGGCAAAUCGUUUAGUUCUAUUAAGAGACGUGGAGAAAAUGUUUGAUAGACAAUGAUUCUAUUACAUGAGUCCAACGCUCAUCAACUAGACGGAUCUUUAACAUGUUAUAAAAGCUGGCGGAAUAAUUGUAUUGAUAAAGUAAAGAUAUCAUAUUUAAGAUGAGUGGUUGAAUUCAAAAGACAUUCAGAAGAGCGCAAUACUUAAACUGAUCCCAACGAUUUGACCAUAAUAAGAUCUGUAGGAUGUGCUUACCAGCUCACCAACUAUACCAAUCUUUAACAUGUUAUAAAACCUGUCGUUACCUAACUAGUACUAAAGCAGAUACACGAACAAGUUUCUAUUGUAGACUUUGAGACGGUUGCCAGAAGUGUGAGUGAACAUGCAAGCAAUACUUAUGUCAGGACACACCUGAACCAUGUGGUAUAUAUCAGGAGCCACUUUAUGUGGGUAUAACAUUUAUCCUAUCACAAAAUCAAAGAAAUCCGCCUGUGUUGUAACCUCGAGUAUAAACUUUUAUCAUGACAGUUCUAUGAUAUGUUUUGGCGCUAGCUGUUCCGUUUGAAAGGCUAAAACAUAUCUAAAACAAAACUGUGAAGCGGAGGAGGUCUCCAAGACUGAUUUUGGUCAUCAAAUGUUUUACCCCGAAGUCAAAUAUGAAAAUAUAUUUAAAUUCUGUAGAACUUUAUGCAUAGCUUUGAUACAUAUCGAAUAUAAUGGCGUAUUUGAUAACAUCAUACGGCCUGAAGUAUAUUUUAUUUACAUCUUUAUUGUCCCAUAUUAAAAGUCAUAGAACAAAGUGAAGGGUGCCCCCGCCUCUUCCCGCUUGUUGUGGCCCUUGUUUUCGGUAAAGAAGCUGGGUGCGAAGUAUAUUCGCCCCUUUUAGUGAAAGUUCUUGUUUUUGUACUUAAACUUAUUUUAUAUUAAUGUUUACUCUAUACAUUACCUUACAUUUAUUUUUAACUUACACUUUUGUUAUACUUACAGUUCUGUAAACUUACAUUUUUAUACAUAGAGUAAUAUCGCAUUAUGUUUCCAGUAAUGUUUUAAGACGUUUGGCUUUUGCUCACUUGUAUUUUAAAUGCUUUAUGAUUUUUACAUUUAGUGACAAUUGAUUGUGUCUUUUGUUUAAGACACUUGCAAUAUUUUUGAUAAUCUUUAUUUUUUAUAUUUUGUAAACAAAAAUACAUGUAUAUCUACUUUUGUUUUCCUGUGAAGUUCUUGUUAGUUUAUAUUUAUUUUAUAUAGAUUGUUGUUGUUUUUUUCUUUUUGCCGCUUGAUUUUUAUUUGUUUGUUAACACUUAUUUCAUCACGUUGUUAUUUUUGCUGUUUCUAUUUCUUAUGUGCAUGAUUACCUCUAAACGCCAUUUAAACAUGUAUAUAUUUAAACAUGCGCUCAAAGACACGAACAAGGUUUUAAAAAGCUUAAACGUUAUAAAACCCACGUUUUCUCUUUCUAAAGAAUAAAAUAUAUGUUCAUCCAUAAAGCAUAAUGUGCUUUUUAUAGAACUCGCAACGUUAUACAAGUAUAGGUUAUAGUGCAUAUUGGGUGUUCUUCGUAAAUAAGAAAGCUAAAAAGGAGCGGAGCUUGCGGAGCGACUGUAGCUUUCUUAUUUACGAAGAACAUCCAAUAUGCAUUCUAACCGGCUUAGUGCUCCGCCCACUUGCGUUUUAUAAUAUAAAACGUCCAGUUUAUAUAAAAUCUGUUCUAUUAAGAUUUGAAACCUGAAAAUUUGAAAAGUCCUCGUCGGUGAUUGGCUUAAAAAAAUUGGCGAGCAAUAAAUAUAAAUAAGUCUAUUUUUAAUGGAAAACUAUUUGCAUGUUAAAAUUCUGUGACGGAAUGAAUUUUUUAUUAGAUCUUUUUUGCACUUAAUUACAAAUGAAAUAUGUUAGAUAUACAAGUACAUGAAUUUUUUUUCAGUGAUGUAAACACUUUUUGUUGUGUAAGAUAAUACAUGUUUUGACAUUGCAACAUGAACCUUGAAUUAGUCGUAUUUUGUCUUAAACACUGUAUAUAAACUGUAUUAACCAAUUAGUACAUUGAUAAGUGUGAUUAUGACGUAAGUCACCUUAAAUUAUAAACAUUGCAUGAUUCAUGAUGGUAAAGAUAAAAUGUCCUGCAAGUACAGGCAUUUACAUACACAUAUUGUGAAUUUAGAUGUGAUUCAACAGGUCAUUCUGCUGGCCGGAAUAUUGACCAUCAUUUUAAAGUAAUUUGUUUUGUUGUUUAGUUUAUUAUAUAGAAUAAAAAAUAUUAAGCAACAUUAAAAUCUUACUGUUAAAGUGUU